AUGGCUGUCAGCAUCGAUAACAUGAGUGCGGCAUCGACAAGCAGCCCGCGAGCGAGAUGGAAGUACCUGGACAACUUCCUUACUCGCAAGGGCCCGUUCACAGAUGAUGAAGCUUUCAUGGCCGGCGAACAAGUUAUCGAGUAUCUGAGUAAUCUCAAAGUUCUCGGAGCUGGUGGUCUAGGUUGCGAAAUCCUCAAGAAUCUUGCCCUAUCCGGAUUCAAAGACAUUCACGUUAUCGAUAUGGACACCAUUGACGUCAGCAACCUGAACCGACAGUUCCUAUUCCGCGCCUCGGAUGUGGGAAAAUACAAGGCCGAAACAGCUGCUGCUUUCGUCGAGAAGCGUGUAAGGGGCGUCAAGAUCACUCCCUACUGUGGCAAAAUCCAGGACAAGGACGAAAGCUACUACAUGCAAUUCGGUCUCAUCGUAUGCGGUCUGGAUUCUAUAGAAGCGAGACGAUGGAUCAACGCAACUUUGGUGGGGAUGGUGGAUGAGAAUGACCCGGAUUCGAUGAAGCCGUUAAUCGACGGAGGAACAGAGGGUUUCAAGGGCCAAGCACGUGUCAUCUUCCCAACCAUGACCUCAUGCAUCGAGUGCCAACUGGAUAUGCACGCUCCUCGCGCGGCAGUCCCUCUUUGCACACUUGCUACUAUUCCACGUCAACCACAACAUUGUAUCGAGUGGGCGCAUAUCAUCGCCUGGGACGAGGAGCGCAAAGAUAUAACUCUCGACACCGACGACCCGGAGCACAUCACCUGGCUGUUCAACAAGGCUUCCGCUCGUGCCAAGGAGUUCAACAUCGAAGGUGUUACCUACAGCAUGACGCAAGGUGUCGUUAAGAACAUUAUUCCGGCCAUCGCGAGUACGAACGCCAUAGUAGCAGCCAGUUGCUGCAACGAAGCGUUCAAGGUGGCGACCAACACCGCUCCCUUCAUGGGUUUCCCGGGCACGGACAACUACAUGAUGUAUACUGGUGAUGACUCGGUAUACACGUAUACCUUCGAGCACCAAAAGAAAGAUGACUGUCCCGUCUGUGGCGCUGGUAACAUUGCUCGUCCUCUUCAAGUUCUUCCCGGUAUCACGCUGCAGGAGUUCAUUGAGGGACUGGCAGAGCGACCAGAAGCUCAACUCAAGAAGCCUUCCAUUCGUACAGGCGAGAAGUCACUCUACAUGCAGCUCGCAGGUCUCGAAGAACAGACCCGACCCAAUCUAGAGAAGAAGAUGGUCGACCUGGUGGAAGAGGGAGAGGAGCUGCUCAUCACGGAUAGAAGCUUCCCCACCCAGUUCAAGUACAAGGUCGUAUGGGCAUCCAAGUAG